CCCUGCCCUCCUCCCGGGUUGGGUUCCUGUUGACUUCCUCGCUCGUCGGGAAGCGGUGCUCCGGAGAAUGGGGCUUUGUCGCUGGGACCCCGCCAGGAAGGAUGUCCGGUCUGCACUGCCGCAGGGUGUGAGCGCCGGUCCGAGCGCGGGACGUCCACGCCGGCCACUCUCAUCCGCAGCCCUGCAGGACCGCAGCGGCUCGGCGGAGGAGGGAAGGAGACACUAAACCCGCGGGGAGACGCGUCUCUUCCCCCCCCCCUCCCCACACCACCACCCCUCAUCGAAGGGUGGGGGGACAGCAGGCGCGCUGGAGGAAGAGAGGAUGAGCGAGGGGGAAGGGGCAGAGGUGGCCCAGGUCCCCGAGGAGGAGCUCCUGAGCUGGGACAAGGAGCGGCUGGUGCUGAGGCUGCGGAGGGCGGAGGAGGAGAAGAUCGCGGCGCUCGUCCAGCGCGGCCGCCUGAUCCGCCAGGUGAACGGGCAGCUGCGGGAGCACCUGCUGGAGGUCCGGGAGCUGAAGGCGGUCAACCGCCGGCUGCAGGAGGAGAACCGGCAACUGAGCGAGCUCUGCUGCUUCCUGGACAACGACCGGCUGAAGGCGAAGAGGCUGGCCCGGGAGUGGCAGCAGCUGGGCAGGCACGCCGUCCGGGUGCUGAGGGAGGACGUGAGCGACUACCUGGGCAGGCUGGCCGAGCUGGAGCGGCUGCAGGGCGCCCUGGUCACCGAGAACCUCCAGCUGAAGGAGCUCUGCCUGGCGCUGGACGCCGAGGCCAGGACCACCAGCGACGGCGGCAGCCCGGCGGGAUCCUCCGACCUCGGCGCGCCGUGCGGGGCCCGGGAUCUGGGCGACGGCAGCUCCAGCACGGGCAGCGUCGGCAGCCCGGACCAGACGCAGCCCGCCUCCUCCUGCGCCGGGGACUGAAGCGGGGCGAGGCGCCGGCUCCAGCUGACCGACCGCCGAGCCAUGCGUGGGAAUAACGCGUCCCUGGUUCUGAAUUGGGAGACCGUGUCCCGGGACAGUUGGAGACCGUGUCCCCCGGAUACCGGAGACCGCGACGAGACAAUGUGAGACUAUGGAUGUGGGAGACACGCGGUCCAGAAUUUAGGGAGAUGGCAUCCGGGAUAGAGGUGAGACUGUGGCCCGGGAGUUUGGGAGAUGGUAACCCAGGAUAUGUGAGUGAGACUGUGCACAUCCCGGGACAUCGGAGACUGUUCCAGAAUGUCGGAGACCGUGGCCCAGGACACUGGGAGAUGGUGUCCCGGAUAUGCAGCAGGCGAGACCAUGUCCCAGGAUAUUGGAAGUCUACGUCCCGGGAAAUUGAACAAGGUGCAACCGAGCCAAAUUGAGACGGAGUCCCUGGACGUUUUGAGAUGAUGUGAGACUGUGGCCUGGAUGUCUGGGAGGUGUUGCCCCAGGGUGCGCAAAGCUGUGGCUGGAACAUUGGGAGAUGGUGAGCCAGGAUAUGACAGACUCUGGCCCGGGAUUUUGGGAGAUGGAACCCUGGGAAAAUGGUAGAUGGUAUCCCAGGAUAUAGGUGAGACUAUGCCCUGGUAUAUAAGGAGACUAUAGGCGAGACUAUGGCCUGUGACGAUGGUGUUCCGUGGUGAGACGGUGUCCCGGGAUAUAGUUGAGACCAUAUCCUGGAAUAUUGGGCGAUGGCGUCCUGGGAUAUGCAAGAGGUACUUGAAAUGUUUGAUGGGACAUUAGUGAAGACCAGGACGUGCCUGACACCCUGUGGCCCAGGCAUACCACCUUCCCCUGCUCCCCUCUGGAUCAAGGGCAGGCUGGCCUCCACUCCAGUUCUGCGGGCUCUGCUGAGACACGGGGGGGGGGGCCCUCCCACAGACAGGGUGGGGCGGGGGGGGGGCAGGAGAGACGGGAGAGAAGAUGACAAGGCGGGGCACUCCUUCCAGCACCCACACGGAGCCUCACCGCCUGUUCCCCGUGGCAGGCACCCGCCCCCCCCCCGGCCAGGUCGUCAAUCCCGCCCCGAAGGCUCCCUCGCCUUGAGCGGAGAUCGGCCGGCAGCCGGCGGGGAAACGCUGCGCUCUUCUCAACGAAAGUAAUGUUCCCACCACCGGGACCUCUGCCCGUCACAGGGGCCAGAGUAGAGUGCCCACAGCCCGAGCAGACUCAAUGGGCCGAACGGUCUUCUGGGUGGAGGACACGGGGAUGCCAUUAUCGAAGGGAGGGUUGGAGAAGGUCGGGAAGGAGUUGACAAAAUUAUCCUGGAAAUGGAAGGGUUAAUGUAUGAGGAGCCUUUGACGCUCUGAGCCUGUACCCGCGGGAUGGGGCAUCUCAUUGAAACCUGCUGACCGUCGAAAGGCCGAGACAGAGUGGAUGUGGAGAGUGGGGAUAGCGAGGAGUCCGGGAUCAGAAGGCACAGCCUCAGAAUGUGUCUUGAGACGAGGAGGAAUUUCGUUCGCCAGAGGGCUGUGACUCUGUGGAAUUCAUUGCCACGGGCAGCUGUGGAGGCCAAGUCUUUGGGUACAUUUAAAAACUGGGGGACUAACAAUUGACGGUCUCCUCCCUGGUGGUGCGGACAUUGAAUUCCCAAACCUCCGAUAACCCCCACCCCCGCCGCCGUCUCUUUUCUCCCUCUCUCCUCCUGAUCCACUCAAUCAUCUCACCUCUUUCACCUCCCCUUCCCCCUCCGCCUGCCCAUCACCCGCGCAUAGGUUUCCCGGCCCCCCUCACUCCUGCUGUCCCACGCCCCACGUUCCCCUCCUAUCCGAUUCCACUUUGGCCCUCUGUCACCUCUGCCAUCACCUAUGCUGUAACUAAAUGUUAUAAUAAUGUGCAACACACAUCAAAGUUGCUGGUGAACG